AUGGGCCGAUACCAGCUUUCUUCAUUCUUUGUCCUAGGCCUGAUAGUUGCCCAGGCUGGGAUUUCAAUGGGCUUCAUCAUCACGAUUGCCAACACCUUGGCAGACAACUCGGAGAUCUCCAAAAAUUCUCAGACUGUCGAUCCCACUCAGACUCCCGAAUUUUCUCAUCUUGACGAACCCAAUCAAAUCACCACUCCCAAGAGACUUGCGCGACGUAGUACGAGCUCAAGUACCCAUCCCCUUGGACAUACAACUGGUUACACUAGCAAAAAUUCUGAUGGACAGACAGCCGAAAGAAUAAUCAUUCCACGCUCUUUAUCUCAUACACUAGAUAAACGUCGAAGAGGCUUUUUAAAACAAGAAGAAGCCGUGGGAUUCACUACCCACUUUCAAAAAACCAAAACCAUCUCAGCUCCUAAAUCUGUUGAAGUUACAACUCCAUCCCCAGAACAUCACAAUGUGGAUCUCGUCGAUUGUAACAAAAAAAGUCAUAAGAUACAACCAUAUACCACAAAUAUCAUGACCAGUCAUCCCAAGAUUCAAAAACUUGAUUCAGAUAACCCCACUUUACUAAGUCGAGUUUUGGCAAACCAAUUGAUCCAUUUCUCUACGCGAAAAUCAAGCAACAUUCAAGUUCAAGAUCGAAAGCCUAAUCUUCAAGUCCAAAAAAGUUUUGUACGUCAGGCCAGACCAAGAUCUUAUCCAGAUGCUGUUAUCAGUGGCAGCAAAGAGAGACCUUGGACGGAGUCCCCAAAGAGAUGGGAACCGAAGGGAUCCAUUCCAGGAAAUCCCGACCUUGUUAAUGCUUGGAGUGAACCCAGUUGCGCCGUUCUUUGGGGCCAGCCUUCAAAGGUUCCAUGUAUCCUGGCUUACAAGCGAAAUAUGCCUGUAGUGAAAAUUCAAAUUAGAGUCAUCUUCUGUGAAUCGAUGGAGAGAUAG